AUGGCAUCGCCGACUCUUGCUGACCAGGCUGGUCAAGCAAAGCGCCAGCCGGCUGGUUCGCCUGGAUACCUGACGGAGAGGCAAUUCCUUGACCCGACUUCUCGUCAAUCACCGAAGGAACAGGAAGCUCGGAAUGCUAGGAGCUCUGAUGAGAAGCUGACUGUCAGAGCUUUGAUUCAGCAAUUAGCUCAAAUGGCGUCACUAAAUCCUAACCUUCGAAAGCUGAUGCAACGAGUCGCAGAUGGAAAGGCUCAACCCCAAGAGCUCGCUCGUUUUCAACGGAUUGUUGACAAUACACAGGGGAAUUUCGUGUUUCGAAAGCGGAAUGGUCAGCAGGGCCAUUCGCCCACCAAAGACAUGCAGCAGCCAGUCCCAGGCAUGCUACCUAGAUGUAGUGGGCCAAAUUACGACGCUGCAUCUUUUGCCUCAAGGGUCACAGUGACAAGUAAACACUCCAUCAACGAUCACUUAUGGUCCCAAGACAACGAGAAGAGGACCAUAAAUAGUGAUAAUGCGUUAAAAUUGGAAGAAAUAGAAGGGAGUUACUCGCAGUCCCUGCCGACUCCUGCGAAGCAAGAAGCCCCUUUCACUGAUUCCGGAUAUGCGUCAGGGAUCGACGUUAGCAAUCUCCCGGGAAUGGAAUUGGGAGGUGCUAAUACACCUGGCUAUGACGGAAAUGACCUUGAUGCUAGAACCGUAUACUCAGGAGCGAGCAGUGUGGCAAAGGAUCAAGCGCAGCGGUAUAUCUCCGAGUUGUCCAGCACUAUCCAUAGUAAACUCAGCGGGAGUAUCGACUUGGAUCACUGGAUGUCACUUUCCGAACGCCUCUUGGUCCUUAUCAAAGAUUUUUCUAUCAAACUUGGCCUUGAAUCCUCGGACCAGGUGAACCGGGACAUAAUGCACUUCGUACACAAACGUAGCCGGGAGAUUGCAACGCAACUUGACUCAAUGGUCCUCUGUGUCGACGCUUCGGCAGAGAAUGCGGACAAGAGAGACGGCAUGCCCUUAAGCGAGAAGCUUGCCCUGUGGGAGAGCAAGGCGACGGAAGUAGGGACCUCUCUCAGCGACAACGAGCUUUUCGUGGGGGUUACGGACGAAGAAGAUACCAUAGACACGGCGGAACUAUCGAAGUACAACAAGACCGUCAUAGAGAGCAAGUCAUUCAAGUGGCUUAUCGAUAGCCUGCGAAGAGAAUUGGCCCUCAGGCGAGAUUUCGAUGAGUCGGAAGGUUUCAACCAUCGUGAAAUUCUACGGCGUAAGAUCUUAGAGAACCUUCCAACCGGCAAGAUUAGUAAAAGCCGACCACCAAACACUCACUCCGUAACAUUUCGAGUGCCGGGAUGGCUACUCCUUGGCGCAGCCGGUCUCAACCUGUUCAGAUCUGAAAGCCCUCUGCACGAGGCCAUUGUCAUAACAAUUUGCUCCGGAGAUGCACAGGCAGCAUCCGUAGAGGAUUACAUGAAGCAAACAUGGCCUUCAACCUGGAGAACGAUCUUCAACUUGGUGCAUUGGGCGUCUGUCGGUGAUAGUGGCAUAAUUCACGAAGCAUCUUAUGAAGACGGUACUCUCAUAAUGAACCUCCGCGGUACUGCACACACCAUUGCAGAGUGCGGUGAGCAGCUUGCAUGGCUGCAGACUUCAUAUGCAAACGCCCCUCCUCACCAAUCAAUGGACAAUGUCCUACAACGGAUUCCCGUGAUCAUGAGUAUAGCUACGCUUCAUGUUCUCAAUGGAUAG